AUGUUCUCCAAUGCCCAGGUUGGCAACGAAUUCCUAAGAGGAGUGUCAGGGGGAGAGAAAAAAAGAAUCAACAUAGGCAUGGAGCUCAUCAUCUCCCCUGCAGUGCUAUUUUUAGAUGAGCCCACAACAGGACUUGAUGCCAACACAGCGAACACAGUCAUGAAGCUUUUGAAAAGGUUUGCAAGUGUGUCAGAUCAGUGGUCCUCAAAUUAAAAUAAGCAUAUAAAUAAAGCCGUGGCAGAAGGUGCAUGUUAGGGCGAAAAAAAAAUAAAUCUUAAUGCAUUGACAUAUUAUAAAAUGAAUUAUUUAACUUUAAAUACGUAGGCACAGUCCACAUCACAUAUUGAAAACAUUUUUCGGUGAAAGACAACAUACUAAAAUAGUUUGGAGACCACUGUUUCAGAUCAUAGUUUUACACAAGUUGUAGGUGUAAGAUGCCACAAUAAAAUAGUUUGGUGACCACUGUUCCAGAUAAAGGAUAAAGCAAAUGCCGAUGUCUCUGGAUUUUGAAGCAAACUAUAUAAUAAUAUUGCACCAUUUCAUUUUUUAAAAUAGUUCCGUUCAGGGCUACAUGUUAACAUUUGAUAAUGUUAAAGUCUCAGACGGAACAAUAUUUAGUUUGUUUUGAUUGAAAACCGUAUCGAGGACUCUAAGUAUCAUUGUCUCGGGGUACAUUUCUAUGCUCCCAAUUUUCUGUAUUACUUAUUCACCAGUUAUUCUUUAACUGUGACUUUCUUUCAGACUGUCUCGCAGAGGAAGGACCAUCAUUUUCUCCAUCCACCAACCCCGUUAUUCCAUCUAUCGUCUGUUUGAUAGUUUGAUGCUCUUAUCUCAAGGUCACACCGUGUAUCACGGACCGUCGGAGGAAGCUUUGGCGUUCUUC